AGCAGCCUUUUCACGCUCAACCAAGCCGAGUAACAGUCUUGCACCUGGACUUCCAUUCACUGCUCCCACCAUGACUUCAGCCUAUUACCAGAAUUCCUCUUCUUCUUAUGGUGGUGGCUUGGGUGUUGGGGGUGGCGGCCGUAUCUCUGCCUCUUCUGCUAGGUUAGUAUCUUCUGGAGGAGGACUCGGAGGUUAUGGAUGUGGGAUGGGAAGUGGCUUAGGAGGCGGCUACGGCACGGCAUUGGUUUCUGGUGGAGGUGGCGGCUUUGGUAGUUGCUUCGGUGGUGGCGUUGGAGGAGGCUUCAGUGGUGGUGCUGGAGGAAACUUUGGGAGUUAUUUCGACUUUGCGGCUGGGGGCGGUGAUGGAGGCCUUCUUGGUGGAAAUGAGAAGACUACCAUGCAAAAUCUCAAUGACCGUCUAGCGAGCUACCUGGAUAAGGUGCAAGCCUUGGAGGAGGCAAAUUCUGACCUGGAGAUCAAGAUCCGGGACUGGUACCAGAAGCAGGCUCCUACCUCCCCAGAAAGGGACUACAGCCAUUAUUUUAAAACCAUUGAGGACCUCCGUGACAAGAUUCGUGGCACGACCAUUGACAAUUCGAGGGUCAUAUUGGAGAUUGACAAUGCGAGACUAGCUGCUGAUGACUUCAGGCUGAAAUAUGAGAAUGAGCUCCUCCUCUACCAGAGUGCUGAGGCCGACAUCAAUGGUCUGCGCAGAGCCCUGGAAGAACUUACCCUGUCUUCAUCUGACCUGCAGAGGGAGAUUGAAUCUCUGGAAGACGAGCUGACCGACCUCAACAAGAACCACGAGGAGUUAAUGAAAGAGUUCAGUACGCAGCUGACCGGACAGGUCAAUGUCGAGAUGGACGCCGCGCCUGGAGUUGACCUCACCAAAGUUUUGACUGACAUGAGAGAACAAUACGAACAACUGGCUGACAAGAAUCGCAGAGAUGCUGAAGCCCGGUUCCUUACCCAGACUGAAGAAUUGAACCGCGAAGUUGCCACCCACACCGAACAGAUACAGACCAGCAAGAGCGAGAUUUCAGAACUGAGGCGCACAGUACAGGAUUUGGAGAUUGAGUUGCAGUCACAGCUUAGCAUGAAAGCUGGCUUGGAAUCCAACUUGGCAGAGACAGAAGGACGUUAUUGUGCUCAGCUGGCUCAAAUCCAGAACUUGAUCUCUGGCGUGGAAGAGCAGUUGGCCGAGCUGAGGGCCGACAUGGAGCGCCAGAACCAUGAAUACAAGAUGCUCAUGGACAUCAAGACACGCUUGGAACAGGAAAUCGCCACCUACCGCAACCUGUUGGAGGGUCAGGACUCAAAGUAAGCAAACUGGGCAAUAAAACUGGAUCAG